AUGGCUCCAGCGUUCGAGAUCCCGUCAGAAGGCGUCAAAGGAGGUGACGACAAGGACAUCACAGCUACAUGCUUCUGCGGAGCUGUCCAGAUUCAAUUCCCCGUCGACAAAGUCGUCGAUACCUUCAUCUGCAACUGCACCGACUGCCACAAACUCACCGCCUCAGCAUUCGCAUCCAACUUCAUCAUCAAGGAAUCCGACACAAUCCACACUCGCGGGAAAGACAAGCUCUCAAAGUGGAAUCAGAACAAAACCAUCAAAUCCGGCAACUACAUGGAGAACAACUUCUGCUCAAUCUGCGGCUCCCUAAUGUACCGCAUCUCCUCCGGCUACCCCGGCCUCCUGAUUCCCAGAAUCGGCACUGUCGAUGACUAUAACCUCCAGAGUACCAAGUUCAAACCAAGACUGGAGCAGUUCACAGAGAAUCGACUGCACUGGCUGCACGGUGGCGAAGGGGUAAAGCAAUUCAAGGGAGCGGGACCAUUGGGCGAACCUUUUGAGGGUGAGAAGGAAGUCAAAUUGCAUCUUUGA